GUCUCUCUCGCAGCCUGGAGAACGCGCGAACACGAGCGAAACUGUACGCGCGCGUCUGUGUGUCUUUGUGUUAUAUAGAUUUGUCUAUAUAUAAUCAUUAUAAUAUAAUUGGAUAAUUACGCGGCUCGCGCGCAUCCCCCACCGGAAAUUGCGCGUCGUCAAGCUCGUUCGUUCGUUCGUUCGUGUAUGUGUUCAUGCGGUGGUAAACAAGAGCAGCAGAAGAAAAACCUCGUGUCAUGUCUACAACCACUACUUUCGCCACUGCUCAGCAGUAUCAGCAGCAGCGGCAGCAACAACAGAAACAGCUGAGCCGACUGUGCCAGGCCGUGCUGGACGGCGACUCGGCCCUGGUCCGGGAGUACUGCGAGCUCGGCGACGACGUGGACGAGGCCACGGGACCCCUCGAGCGCACCCCCCUGCAUCUGGCCUGUCGCAACAACGACCUCGAGCUGGCCAGCUAUCUGCUCGAGGUCGCCGGGGCCCGUGCGGACCCGGUCUCGGGCGACGGACUCCAGGCGCUGCACAUCGCCGUGUCGCACGGCAAUCGCCGCCUGGUCGAGCUGCUGCUGCUGCGCCAGUCCACCGACGGCGGUGGACUGUCGCCGCCCGUCAAGUUCAUGGACAGGUCGCCGCUCUACAUGGCCGUGGAUCACGACUGCUACGGCAUCGCCGAGGCGCUGCUCGAGGCGGGCGCGAGGAUCGACGAGUCGCGGGCGGGCAGCUGCAGCCUCAUCAAUCUGGCCCUGAGGAAGGGCCCCGAGGCCAGCAGGAGGUGGCUGGCCCUGCUAACGAGCUACGACUGCGACGGGGACGAUCUCGACCUCGUUGACGCUCACGAGCUGAAAACACCGCUUAUCCGAUCGAUCGAGGAGCAGGACGUCGCGCUCGUCUCCAAGCUCCUGAGCAAGGGCGCCUCGCCGAAUCUCGAGGCCUUCAGCGUCGAGGGCUACAUGUCGCCCCUGAAUCUCGCCGCUCACCUCGGCAACGAGGAGCUGGCCUCGCUGCUGCUCGAGCACGGCGCGCGGGCGGGCGCGAACGAGGCGCUGCGUCACGCGGCGAUGCACGGCAAGCUCGGCCUCGUGGAGAUGCUGCUCGGCCGGGCCCCCGUCGAUCCCGCCUCGGUCAAUCUCGACGGCUGCACGGCCCUGCAUCUCGCGGUGAUCAACGAGCAGCCCGAGACUGUGCGAGCUCUGCUGCGACACCAGAACGGCGCUCCCAGCAGGUCGAGCAAUCAGCAGAUACCGGUGCUCUACUGCGCCGUGAAGACCGGACGCUGCGACAUCGUCGAGAUGCUGCUGGAGCACGGCUAUCCCGUCAACGAGUACGUCUGCCAGAAGAUCACCUGCCUCGACUACGCCAUCAAGACGCGCUCGGCCGCGGUGAUCGACACGCUGAUGCGCCACGGCGCCGUGUUCAGCUCCUGCAGCAGUCUGGAGAAGAGCUUCGCCGUCAAGAAUCUCGCCCUGCUGCGGGCCCAGGGCGGGCUCAAGCUCGGCAAGGAGCAUCGUCGACGCAUCGCGGCCCACCGCGAGCUCGGCCGACUGUUCGAGCGAUGCCAGCGCGAGCUCGAGGCCAUGAAGCUGGAGCGCAUCGUCCAAGACGACCGGACCAGCACGACGACGUUCUACGAGCUGCUGAUCGCCAACGACGACGACCAACUGCUGGAUAUGGUGCGCCGUUGCUCGGCGAGCUUUCCCUCGGACGAGGAGUGCCGCGAGCGAUUCCCCGAGUACUGCGACGCCCUGUUGGGCAAUUACGAGAGGGGCAGGUCGCGCGACGAGCUACUCGGCCGUGCCGCCGAGGAUUUCGAGUCGACGGUCGUCGCGCCGAAACUCGCUUCGAGUCGCAGUAGCAGUAGUAUUGGUAGCGGAGGCAGCAGCGACUGCGGAGGCGGCGAGCAACGACAUCGAGCCACGAUCGCAGCGGUGCGACAAAUCGUGAGCCUACUGACCGACGAGGAUCUGAGAAAUCUUUGCUCGGCCCUGGGGGGUCGUCCACCGCGACAAGCAGCGGCCGAAGAAGAGACGGAUGAGGUCGAUGACCCGGCCCGAUACGAUGACGACCAGCUGCACCGCAAAGAUUUCAUAAUGAACAGAAGCGAUCAGUCGAUAGCCGUCGCCUGACGCUGAUUUUUCUCUAUUUUUUUUUUUUUUUUUUUAUUAGGCCGCACGAGCGAUAUUGUAAUACGUAUUUCGGAUGCGUCUGCACUGUACAAAUAAUACUUUUGUAAAUUUUGUAUAAUUUUUUGUCCUCUUACGUGAGGACAUAUGUAUAUUGUAAUAUUUUAUUAAUUUCUAAAAUGACGAAUGACUGACGUGUUAUUGCAAUAUAUUCUUGAACGAUAUUGCA